CACCAUACCUUACCUCAGGCACUGCUAGGUACGUACAUACCAAGCUCUUUUUAUUAUCGCAACACUACACACACCUCACUACAGUCGCCAUGUCUGCUGAGAACAUUGACAACCCCAUCUCCUACGAGAUCCUGGAGGACCUCGAGGAUGAUUUCGAGGAGGUUGAGCUUGAGCUUCUCCGCCAACAGGCCAAGCUCACCAAGGACCUGUACGCCAAGCGUGCCAAGGUCGUCUCUGAGAUCCCCAACUUCUGGCCCCUCGUCUUCGAGCAGGCCCCCCCGGAUAUCGACGAGUACGUCCAGCCCACCGACUCAGCCGUCCUCCUGAGCUCUCUGGUCAACCUGUCUGUGGAGCGCUUUGAGCUGCCCAACGGCGACCCUCGCAGCAUCUCCAUCAAGUUCGAGUUCAGCGAGAACGAGUACUUUGAGAACAAGGUUCUCGAGAAGAAGUUCUGGUGGCGCCGCAACAAGGAUGGCUGGGCGGGCCUCGUCAGCGAGCCUGUCAAGAUCAACUGGAAGGCCGACAAGGACCUGACCAGCGGCAUGCUGGACCUCGUCUACCAGGUCUGGGAGGACGACAAGGCCGGCAAGGGUGACGACACCGAGGCCAAGAAGAAGCUCAAGAGCCAGAUGGAGAGCACCGGCCUCGACGGCGUCAGCUUCUUCGCCUGGUUUGGCUUCCGCGGCCUGAGCAUCUCCGAGGAGGAGAACCAGGCUGCCCUCAAGGAGGAGCAGGAGAAGCGCAAGGCCCGCAAGGAGGGCAAGGAGGACGAGGAUGAUGAUGACGACGAGUACGAGAUGGAGAUCUUCCCCACCGCUGACGACCUUGCCGUCUGCAUCGCCGAGGAUCUCUGGCCCGGCGCCAUCAAGUACUUCUUGGCGGCCCAAGAGCAGGAUGCCCUGAGCGACAUCAACUUUGAGUCUGACGAGGAGAUGGACGAGGAUGAGGAUGAUGCCCAGCCCUCCAAGAAGCGAAAGGCUUAAGCGUGCUCAUGAUUUAACGAUUUCUUUUUGAGUUUUCUUUUUUCUUUGGAUUGAUUUUUUCCUCCUCUCUACUUGGACGAAACCAGGCAAAAUAUAUACAGCCACUUGGGCACGGGAUGGAAAUAAAAAAAAGUUGACGAUGAUGAUGGGAAAGGGUUCUUACACAAACAAAAUAAGGGAG